GGUUUUUAGAAUUUUUUGUUUAUUAUUUUGGAGAUAAUUUGGAGAUGAUUUUGGACUUCUGUUAGCAGAGCAGGUUUUCUAUGCUUGGAAAACGAAACCAGACUGUGCUAAGAAAGCUAUCAGCACUUCUGCCUUUACUCAAUUCCAUGAUGACACGAGAGCAGUAUAUAUUAGCAACACAGCAGAACAGCCUCCCAAGGACUGAAAAUCCUCAGUUUUAUCCAGUAGGGAUUUAUGGAUGGCGAAAGAGGUGCUUAUACUUCUUUGUACUUCUGCUGUUGGUUACCAUGAUUGUUAACUUAGCAAUGACGAUAUGGAUUUUGAAGGUUAUGAAUUUCACAGUGGAUGGAAUGGGAAAUUUGAGAGUCACUAAAAAAGGAAUACGACUUGAAGGAAUAUCUGAAUUUCUACUACCACUAUAUGUGAAAGAAAUCCAUUCCAGAAAGGAUAGCCCACUGGUCUUACAGUCUGACAGAAAUGUAACAGUGAAUGCAAGAAAUCACAUGGGGCAGUUAACCGGACAACUGACAGUAGGAGCUGAUGCUGUGGAGGCCCAGUGUAAGAGAUUUGAAGUGAGAGCAAGUGAAGGUGGGAAAGUACUGUUUUCUGCAGAUGAAGAUGAGAUUGUCAUUGGAGCUGACAGACUCAAAGUAACAGGCACAGAAGGGGCAGUGUUUGGGCACUCUGUGGAGACACCCCAUAUCAGAGCAGARCCUUCCCAAGACCUCAAACUUGAAUCUCCUACUAGAUCUUUGGUGAUGGAAGCACCCAGGGGAGUGCAAGUCAAUGCAGCUGCAGGAGACUUAAAGGCUACCUGUAGGAAAGAGCUGCACUUACAAUCCACAGAAGGGGAGAUCUUUCUAAACGCAGAUACAAUCCGCCUGGGAAAUCUGCCGACGGGUUCCUUCUCCUCCUCUCCACCUAGCUCCUCAGCUCCCCGCCAGACUAUCUAUGAGCUCUGCGUCUGUCCUAAUGGUAAACUUUACCUGUCUCCGGCAGGAGCAGGCUCCACAUGUCAAUCCAGUAGCAACAUCUGCUUGUGGAGCUAAAAAGACUCCAAUUUAUCCUCACACCAGAAUAGCCUUUUGUUACUAUCCCUCUGCUUCACAGUUCUGCUCGGUUUCCCUUGUGACAAGUUCGACGCUUCAAAUGGCCUGCAGAGCAACUUCUUCCAGUGUAAGCAGGAAUACAGCGCUGCCUUCCCUCGUGGUUCAUGGUACCACUCAGCGUAGAGACGGGAGUCAGAUACUCAGCAUGUAUUCUUCAUCAGGAAACCUGGAUCAUAAUAUCACCUUUUGUCCAAAAGGGAGAAUAACACAGGUGCCUUUGCUACAUGAAGUGAAGCACAUAGUUUUAGAUUUUUGCAGGACCUGGAUAUGAACUGCACAUAUAUAUACAGUACAUAUACAAAUUUGCCCAGAUUCCAAUGGUGAGA